AAAUACCACAGAAGCAGUUUUUGUUUGACUGAAACAAAGGCUCUCUGAGUGUGUCUCUGAGUAAAUAUUUGAGGUUAGGGAUUAACUAGCAUUCUCAGAGUCUGAUGGCAGAAAAGUAGACAACUGUGAUUCAGCUGGUGAAAUCAGUGUGUAAUGUGUUGUGCAAUGUGGAGUAUCUUUACCCUCUCGGUGUUUUCAGCUGCCUUCAUAUUGCCUAGUGGACAUGAAGCCUCAGUGUUUUAUAGCAGCCGAGAAGCAAAUCAAGUGCUGAAAAUCCAGAAGCGGGCAAAUAGUUUUUUGGAAGAAUUAAAGCAGGGCUCAUUGGAACGGGAAUGCCGAGAGGAAGUAUGUGAUUUUGAGGAAGCCAGUGAAAUAUUUGAAACCAAGGAAGCAACAGAAAUGGCAGCGGUGUGCUCCUUCAGUAAUACGCUUCCCCAAAUGCUGAAUCUAUUCAGCGUCAUGUUUUUUUGUGCCAAAUUGGGUAGGUGGUCUCCAAUAAUAAUUUGUUCCAAGGGUGAUGAUUUUCCUAUCUGCACCAAAAGGUUUUGUGACAGAAUCCAUAUGGAAUCAAGUAUUAACCUAGAUUUUGUUUCUUUACAGCAAGAGUUUUGGACAAAGUAUGUUGAUGGAGAUAUGUGUGAAUCCAGCCCUUGUGACAAUGGAUCCUGUCGGGAUGGCAUUGGGCAAUUUGACUGCAUUUGUAACAAAGGCUGGGAGGGGCGCCAGUGCCAAUAUGUGGUUGCCUACACCAACUGUUCAAUUUCCAAUGGUGGCUGUGAACAUUUCUGUAAUGAGGGCCAGCAAGACAAUGACCAGUACCGCUACUGCAGUUGUGCUUCAGGCUAUCGGCUGGCUGAUGAUUCUACUUCUUGUGAACCUGUUGUGGAGUUUGCCUGUGGAAAAGUCCAGGAUUUCAGCUAUAAGACUGCUAAAGUAAUUGGGGGAAGACCUGGAAGAAAAGGACAGAGUCCCUGGCAGGUUAUGCUGAGCAAUAGUGCAGGCAGAUUUUUGUGUGGUGGUGUUCUCAUUCACCCCACCUGGGUGCUGACAGCUGCACAUUGUUUGAAAAGCCUACGGACAAUCAAACUGACAUUUGGUAAAUAUUAUCGCCGGCGAACAGAAGAAAGUGAGCAAACUAUUUUUGCAGACAAGUUAUUGCCUCAUGAAAACUACUCUGAACAGACCUCUGAAAAUGACAUUGCACUGCUGCACCUACAACGCCCGGUUCUUGUCAACAAGUUCACAAUUCCUAUUUGCCUGCCUUCCAAGAAGCUGGCAGAGCACUUGGAGAGAGAAGAGACACAGGCUGUGGUGACAGGCUGGGGGAGCCAGAGUGAGGACUCCAAGGUGAAUUACUCCUCUGUUCUCAACUAUAUUGAAGUCCCUGUGGCACCACGAAAUGACUGUGUCAAUUCUAUGUUGAAUACUGUCUCGGAAAACAUGCUCUGUGCAGGGAUACUGGGAGAUAACCGGGAUUCCUGUCAUGGAGACAGUGGUGGCCCUAUGAUCACCAAAUUCAAGAACACUUGGUUCCUAAUUGGGCUUGUGAGCUGGGGAGAAGGCUGUGGAGCAACCGAUAACUUUGGGAUUUACACCAGAGUCAGUGCAUAUUUUGACUGGAUCUAUCAGCAAAUGAAAGAUAGCAUACUCUCACCAAACCCUGUCCCUGUCCUAAUAGAAAAACCUCUUGACCUUGGAACAGGCUUAGAAGAGAACAAGCAACAGUACACUUGUAGCAAGUGCAAGCUGGUUGUCUUGCUGGAAGAGAAGGUGCAGCAACUUGAGGCCUGCCUAGCCACACCUCAAGCAACAGGACAACAUGCAGAGUUACUUGAUAGAGCUGAGUUGACUGAGAUUGAGCACCAAGAUAGAUGGGGUGCCCCCAGGGUGGAGAGAGAUCACCCAUUGCAAGAGUCUAACCCCUGGAGGAAUGUGACGCACAGAAGUAGGACAGUCACAAACCACACUUUGUUAUUAGAGUUGCAAAAUCGCUUCCAUGCUCUCACCUUGGACACCGAUACUGGGCCAGAGGAGCUAGGACAGCAGUUGCCAACCUCAGAAGACACGAAGGUGGCUGUGAAAGAUCCAAGGUUAUUGACCGUGGAUGAGUAUGCUGAUAACAUACUUGCUACUAUUGUGGAGACAACAUUGGAGAAAGGGAAUUUCAGCCUUGAGAUGACAAGCUGGGAGGAAAGAUCUACCCACUUCAGUUGUAUAAUGGCUAAAGUUUCCUCAAGUGUGGCCUUGCUUUUACUAGCGUACUCCCUCUACAGCAGCCUACCAAGCUCAUUGUCAGUUUUUAUGAGAAAAGAAGAGGCAAACCAAAUCCUGAGAAUUCAUAAACGUGCCAACCAUUUCUUGGAGGAGGCUCGCCAAGGAAAUAUGGAAAGAGAAUGCAAUGAAGAAAGGUGUUCGUUUGAAGAGGCAAGAGAGAUUUUCAAAUCGGAGGAGAAAACGGUGGAGUUUUGGUUCACGUACAACAAUUUGGACACUUGUAAAGAGAAUCCCUGUAAGAAUGGUGGCAUCUGCAAGGUUAAACGCUAUGUAACUGUUUGCACUUGUCCUCCCAGAUUUGGAGGGAGCCACUGUGAAAUAGAGAAAUCUGAAUGCUGGUACAAGAAUGGUGGCUGCUGGCAAUAUUGCCACGACAAUGAACGUUCGCUUCAAGUGACCUGUUCCUGUGCGUUGGGAUAUACGUUAAGUGAAGAUGGAGAGAGGUGCACACCGUCAGAUCGCUUUCCCUGUGGACUGGUUAAGAGAUCAACACGCUCUAACAAGGACGGAUCAGAAGAGUACAACCAAACUAAUGCUUGGGAUAUGACUGGGACGGGUACAAGAGUUGCUCAGGAGAAUGUGGCCCACUGGAAUUUGCUGAAUGACACAGUGGGGGGAGAGGCUAAGGAAGAAGGCACCGAAGAGAUGAAAGGAAACUUCACAGACUCCUUCAGCUGGCUCAACUUCAAUGACAGUGCUAAAAUGGAUGGUUCCAGGGUAGUUGGAGGCUCGCUCUGCCACCCAGGAGGCUGUCCCUGGCAGGUACUGCUCCAAAAUAAGAGAGGUUACGGUUUCUGUGGUGGCAGCUUAAUCAGCAGCCGGUGGGUGCUCACUGCAGCACACUGCCUGGAUACCGUUAUCCCAGAUCAAGUUACUGUAGGAGAUUUUGACAAACAUCAGCGAGAACGGCAUGAACAAAAGGUGGGAGUUCGACAGUACUGGAAACAUCCUCAGUAUGACUCUACGAACUUCAACAAUGAUAUUGCGUUGAUCCAACUGACCAGCAGUGUGGUUUUCAGCGAGCACGUACUCCCCAUCUGCCUUCCCAACCCUCAGCUAACUACUUUACUGAUUGGAGAGGGCGCAUCAGGAAUGGUUAGUGGAUGGGGUGCUACACAUGCCAAGGGUAAGUCAACUCGCUUCCUCAUGAAAGUCAGCUUGCCUGUCGUGAGCGCAGACACUUGCCGGCCGUCCACCGAGAAGCUCAUCACUGACAACAUGUUUUGUGCAGGCUAUGCUGAAGAAGCACAAGAUGCUUGUAAAGGAGACAGUGGAGGACCUUUUGCUGUAGCUUAUCGCAGCACUUGGUAUCUCCUGGGGAUUGUCAGUUGGGGGGAAGGCUGUGCCGAAGUGGGAAAAUAUGGGGCUUACACACGAGUAUCCAACUACAUUUCAUGGAUAAAAGAAACCAUUGAAAGCACGACUGAUUCUGAAGGACUUUCACGUUCCCUGUAACGGAAGCAUUUUUUUAGUAUACUCUCUGCACAUUUGAGAAUUAUUUGCAAGUACUUGUGUAGUUAACACUGCAGGAUCGCUUCCUCAGCUGUUCUUGAAAGUUGCUCCAGUAUCCAGAAAUAUGAGGCAUGGGAGAAUUUACACACACAUAUUCAUCUGGGAAUAACUUUAUUUUAAUUACUUUUUUAAAAUGAAAAUUUUGUAGCCAAUUUCCUUUGGGUAAUAGUGUGUAGUAAGUUUAGUUCACUUUUUCUACACACACACACAUCUUGCAGUAGUAUUGAAGCAGUAACCAGGAUGUUAAAGAGGACUCAAGCAAUCAAUGUUACCUAGCCACGGCAUUUUAUUUCUCAUAAUUAUUCCAACUUAAACUUCAUUAAAUAUCUAGUCUGCAGCUCCCCACUUUGCUGAGCAUGGUGACUUAAGUAACCCCAAAUACUUUACGAAGUACCAGUCAUAUUUUGGGACUUGUUUUUGAACGUAAGAAUUGUAGGCAAUUGCUGUUUUGCAUGGGAUGUACACUUGGUCUGUCGUGUCAGGGUCUCUCCCUGGCACCCAUUCAGAUUAAUGGCAUAAAACACAUCAUUAAAUAAUUUUUCAAGUGUCCAAUAUGGAAUGUUAUUCUGGCAUACACAUAGCCACUCAUGUUACUAUAAUGUUUUUUUGGCUUCAACAGCACAGGAGAGGUAUAAUUCCUUUAAAUUCUCUAGAGCAGGAAUAGCUAGCUUUCUUUGGCCAAAGAGCCAUCUUCACACAAUGGGGUGUAGCCAAUCCAUGCUGAUCUGUGGAGACUGAUGAACAAUGAGGUGAGGGGGCAAUUUACAGCCGCAGCCGGGAGCUGCUCAGAGAGGCAUUGAUCUCACCACCCACCCCUGUGUUGUGUCUAAAUUUAUUUCAUUUUGCUUCUAUAAAUAUAUUAUCAAUGUCUUCGGAGGUAGACUGUGCCACCAGGCCAGGGAUGGAUCUCUCUAAUAAUAGAAGUAUUACUAAUAUUUGUUUGUGCUCAGGCACAUUUCGGAUACAACAAUCUUGCGUCUGAUAAACCAGUUUAUUUGGACCAGUACUAAGUAGUGUGCCGCCACUCUCGUCUUAAGAUAAUUCCCUCUGGGUUUGUUAAACUACCUUUUCCACUUAUGUUCAAUCCAGGAAACUGGGGAUUAAAUAAACCAAGAUUUCAAGCCAUGCCUUUGCCCUUGUUUGCAUGCCAGGUCUAAAACUGAUUUAAUCUCUGCUUUUCAGUUUACAUAUAACAAAGAGGAAACUGGUUCAACAAAUGACAGAAGUAUUGCAUUAAGACAUGGAUUUUUGUGAAGUUCUCACGAUUAUUCAAUUAUUGUAAAUCAUAUUUAAUAACAAAGAUAGCUUAUAGAAAGCUUUUGAAAUUAAAAGUGAUUCCCCCCCCCCCCACACACCAGUAAAGGCUCAUUCUCAUCAUCAAUGUUACAGAGCAAAAGAAGAACAGGCAGUUAUAUAACCUGAUAGCAGAAUUCCGUCAGGCAAAAACAGUAACCAAGUAUUUUCUUCAAGUCCACUUAGGUUUCUAGUAUCCCACAUGUGCCUUUUUCUUACCUACAGUGAUGUAUAAAGAAGGGGGUGUGUUCAAUUCUGUACAAGCCAACACCUGCUUGUGCAACAGAACAUCAGUGCCCCAUGCACUCCCAACCCUCUGGAUCAAUUUCUGAGAAGGGUGCAGGGUAGAGAGGUAAAGUCCACUCAUGAAUCACUAAAUGCAA